AAGUAUUUAUAACUUGAAUUCAUUUAAUCUUAAUCGUAUCGUAUCGUUUGUUGUUAUUAUUCUUUUGUUUAUAUUGAAGACAUACAUGAUAGAAAGUUAGAAAUCGUUUGAUAAUAUAUUUUCUAUACAUCUUAAAUCUAAUAUAUUUUUAAAUAUGGAUGAUUAUGAUGCUUCAGACAGGUAAAGACUUCAAAAGAUAUUCUAAAACACAUGAAUAUUGCAAUCAUUAGAGAAAUCUAUGACGGGGAGAACGCUCAUGAAGUUUUUGAAAAUGAACUAGAUCGUGCUUUAGAAUCGAAGUGCUCAUGUAUAGUGAUAGAGCCAACUAAACUCGGGGAAGAAACUGCAAGGUGGAUUUCUGUCGGAAACUGUCUACACAAGUCUGCAAUUUUAACCGGCUUCGGAUCCAUUCUAUCUAGUUUUGCUUUUCCGGAUAGUGUUUAUGGUAAUUUUCCUUUGUGUGGUUUAAGCUUGCUGUGUACUGGAGUGUAUGCCCUAUCCUGGCAAAGUGAUCCCUGUUGUAAAUACCAAGUUGAGACAAAUCCUAGAAAUCUUGAAAAGCUUCCUCUUCAUACUUUAACGUCCUCUUCUCCCGUCGUUCUAGUUCGGAAGGAUGACACACGUAGAAUUGUUCUGCAUUCUGCAAUAACUUUUGUAGCUGUUGCUGUUUGUGCAUUUAGAAUAUAUAAAGGUGUAACAUCUGCAUAGUAUAUUUUUUUACAUUGUCCGUAGUGUAAUUGAUGAAUUUUAUUCUAUUGUAAAGAGGAAAUGUUGAUAUAUUCAAAGUUAAUGAAGGAAAUCUAAGUUGAGAUUAUUUCCAUAUUAAGUGAUGUUUGCAGAAAUUUUGUAUUUUUAGUUUAGUUCUGGUUACAUUUAUUGCUAUGUUUUAUUGAUAGAGCAAUUAAUGAAAGUGCAUUUUAAUAUAUUUCUUAAAUCUGCUCACAUCGGGUUAUUAUCCAUUUUAAUAUUGCUUUUGUUACAAUAUUUUGAUUCCUUUCAUUAGUUUCAGUAAUUCAUAAUGAUAUUAAGUUUUUAUUUUUAUUUUAUGAAAAAUUUAUAAUAACUUGGAACUACUAGUAGGGUUAGAUUUUUUCUUUUCAUUUAUAAUUUAAGUUACAUUACACAUGUGCUAUGCAUAAUAAUUACACAAUAUUAUUAUUAUUUUUUUACUAAAUUUGAAUUAAAGCAUUUUAAAUUAAAAAGUGGAAAUAUAUUGCUCAUGUGAAUUUCCUACCCAUAAUAUAUAAUACAAUUUCUGUUAGUGUAAUCCAGUAAUUAAUAAUACAUAUUAUGUAUGUUAACAUGAUGUCUAGCAAUUCAGAAUUAAAUUGAGACAAACAAAUUUCAGUUUUGCAGUUUAAAAGUUUUUUUUUUAAUCAUUUUAAAGCAUGUUGUAAUAAAAAAUGUUUAUUUUUUAAAGUGAAGAUGAAAGGUAGGUGUCAAAACUGGAUGAUUUUUAAGCUAUUUAAAUUGUGAAAUUAUUUUCUAAAUCGAACGAAAAAAAAUUCUCCACGCUUAAUUUUACUGCUUGGAUCUCCUGAACAAAUUGAAUUGUUUCGAGGAAUUUUUACUGAAAUUUUGCUAAUUAAAUAGUUUUAAAAGUUUGACUAAUUUUAGCUAUAGCUAUAUUUCUUAAUAUUUUAUAUUCCCAGCUAAAAAAUAAGUACAGACAAAUCUUUUUGUACCAAUUUUGUGAAUUACAAUUGCUGCAAAAGUGUAACCAAGUGUUUAUUAAUAUUCAUAAAGUGAACAAAAUACAAAAUUUAUAAUCAUAAAGCUUUUUUAGUUAUCAUGACUUUAACUGAUUAAAAUAUGAACCUAUCUUUUCCUCAAUAUUUUAGCCUGUUUCAGAAAUUAAAGGCAGUCAGCCCUCAUAUUAAAAAUAAUACUUAAAGGAAAUUUAAAAAAUUUCAAAAUUUUUCUUCUUUAUCCUUUUCAAUAUUUUAUUACUAGUAAUGUUACAUAGUUUUUUUUUAUGCUGAAAAUUUGUUUUUUUAUUAAUUAUAAAGAACUUUUUGUGUGUGCGAUUGUCAUAUUUUGCUGUAUAUUGUAAGAAUAUGUAACAACAUACUUUUUUUUUAUUUUACGAUUCAAAGUUAUUUAAAAAUGUUAUAAACUUAAUCAAAAAUUAUAAAUGUAUAAUAAAGAAUUUCAUUCUAAAAAUCUGAAAUUAUUUCUGUACUUAUAUUAAGAAUUUUUAAAUAACUCUCUAGUGACAUUUCUUUUUUCAGAUUUGAUUGUUUUACACCUUUUUACUGUUAAUCUCAUGUUUCAUAUACAUAAUUAUUUUGGAUACAUUCCUGAUUAUUUAUUGUAAAUUAGAUCUUAGAGAUUGAAUCUAUUCCUUAUUUUAUUUUCAGGUGAAACGUUUUCUUGUUUAUUUUUAGUUUUUAAUUUGAAAUAUUCAAUGGACAAUAUAUUAAAUUUUCUUUAGAUACCAGAUUAUCAUCUUCUAUGCUAAAUAAAAUUUUGUUUGAUGUGCUUUUUUUUUCUUCUUUAUAAGGGAUAAUGUUUUUAUUUGUCUCUUUAAUCUGUAUGCAUUUUGAUUACGUGAUAUAUUACAAUAUUCUUUGUAAAAAGAAACAUAAUAAAAAACUUGACUGAUA